CGUAACUUCGAUUCGGUUUGUAUCGGUGUAAGAUUCUUGCAGGAUCUACUGGAGCUAGUAUUCUCUAUUCUGUCUAUCGGGCUCGCACAUAACAUGGUUGUUGUGUGAAAUGUAAAUAGCGACGCAUGGAAAGACAGCGUCGGAGUUUCACGGCGGCGGAUGGAAAAAUGGCCACCGGCGACCGGUUGGACAAGAGAAGAACACCUUCGGGAGCUCUGACCCCAAUUCUCUGUCUCGAUCACGAUAUCCUCUGUAUGAUAUUCGCUUACCUCGACAUAUUCGAUCUCGUUCGCUGCUCUGCUGUCUGUAAAAUUUGGAAUUCGAUCAUCAACGACUCUAGUCUGCUGAAGAAAUAUUAUUAUAAGCUGCGGAUUAGCUCUAACUUUGGUCCUUCUGCAUCACGCGAAAAGCCACUGAGGAUAGUUCUACAGGAACUUGCUAUGGAGCAGCAUAGAUUAGCGUUUCAAGAAGGUAACAUUCAUAUCGAUCAGUGGAGAGGUCAUUCGGGCAGGGUUGAUCAGUGCCGCAUGAAAAUGGGCUUGAUUCUUACUGGUGUUGGAGACAAGGUUAUGCGUCUCUGGUCAUUGGAAGGCUAUAGAUGCAUGGAAGAAUACUCAACACCGGACAAAGUCUCUCUUGUUGACUUUGAUUUUGAUGAGAGCAAGAUUGUUGGUCUUGUUGGUACACGUGUAUGCAUUUGGAGGCGCAAUGGGAAAAGAAGUAUAUUUCCUUCCCAAGAAGGAACAUUUCCAAAAGGUUUAUGCAUGCGUUACUUUGAUCCAGAUGCUGUGAUUGGAUGUGAGGAUGGGACAGCUCGUGUUUUUGACAUGUAUAGUAGGAGAUGCUCUCAAAUUAUAAGGAUGCAUUCUUCACCUAUAAGUAGUUUAUGUUUGGGUGAUGAUCAACUGAUACUGAGUGGUUCCUCAUUCGGAAGCAUCACAAUAUCAGAUCCUUCCUCUCUUAAGCAAGUAGCAAAACUUAAAUCAAUUGAUGGAACAGCUAUAAGGACAUUAUGCCUUAACCCCGCUUCUGAGCUUGUGUUUGCUGGAUCAGCUGCUGGGUAUACCUACUGUUGGGACCUUAGGACAAGGAGACCAUUAUGGGAGAAACGGGUGGGCUCUAAUAUAUUCUCUGUACAAUACCUGCAAAAUGACACGUCAACAUUAGCCGUUGGUGGAAUAGACGGCGUCUUACGAAUCUUAGAUCAGAAUAAUGGUAACAUAAUCUCGCGUUGUAUAGCCAAGGAUGGUUUGAUAUCAACUCAUCAAGGUCCUUCUGGAGCCAUUCAGAGACUGAAAGGGAAAAGGAUACAUGAAGAUGCCAUUAUCGACACCAUCCCCAGGAUUGCUCGACCACCUAUCACUUGCUUGGCCGUGGGAAUGAAGAAGGUUGUCACCACACACGGUACUGGAAACAUUAGAAUGUGGAAAUUCAAUUGAGAACCUGAACUUGUUUCUUGGAAGAUUAUGACUUGCUCUGUUAUUAACCAAUUAGAUAUUAGGAGGCCCUAUAUAUUGUAGGGAAUAUGAGACAUGACAUAUAUGUUGUUACAUUAAAGAUUUUUGAAUUCUCGGUUUCGCUUAAGAAAAAGAUAAUAAUAAAGGGGAUUUUGAAUCUUCAAGAUGA